CCUCACCUUCCUAAGAGACCCAAGGCACACCUGACCCCCAACGCCAUGUCCUGCUGUAUUGCCCGCUGCUGCAGCGUCCCCACCGGCCCUGCCACCACCAUCUGCUCCUCAGACAAGUCCUGCCGCUGUGGAGUCUGCCUGCCCAGCACCUGCCCCCACACCAUCUGGCAACUGGAGCCAACCUGCUGUGACAACUGCCCCCCACCCUGCCACAUCCCUCAGCCCUGUGUGCCCACCUGCUUCCUUCUCAACUCCUCCUAUCCCACCCCAGACCUGGAGACCAUCAACCUCACCACCUACACUCAGCCCAGCUGUGACCCCUGCGUCCCAAGAUGCUGCUGACCGGUGGCCACUUUGCUCAGUGUCUGAUACUGAAGGAAGCCCCCAGAUGCUGCCCAGCCAGUUUUCACUUGCCUUGGUAGUUUAGCAGAUGUUAAGGUAGACCAGAUGGCCCAGAUAUGGAAACCUUACUUUGACAUUAAUGGAAAGAAAGCCAAGAAAAUUAAUUAUGGUUAUUUUGCCAGAUAACCAUUUGGUUCAUUUGAGCAUGUGAAUGUCUUCUGUUAUCAUAAUGCUAUUGAAUUCUUUAAGACUUAAAACUAUGUUUUCUUCGUCAUGUUGCUUCCUGGAUCUUAUUUCCUGUAUUGAGUAUUUUCAAAGAGGCAAAGGAAACUACUGGUGGGUUUCCUAAUAAACUUUAUUUCCCUGGCCACAUGUGUUCUUUAUUUAUGUUAGAGGCUUUGGUAUAUUUCUUCCACUAAAACAAAAUAGUAAAAAUAAAGAUAAGAUGGUUAUUUUAAUUUUUAAAAAGUUACAAUUAAAGGAAUGUUUGGAACUAGCUUGCUAAUAUGGCUUACUAACUUUUAAUUGGCUGUCUUCUAUGUUUGCCUUCUCUUACUCAGAUAAAAAUAAUUUUG